CCAACUGUUGGACUAACACAUUCAGCAUCCGCGUCUCACACAGUCUGACAGAGGAGUGUAACGGCUCACUGAGCACGAAGGGGGAACGAGAGAGGAGAGGUGGAACAUUUACGCACAGCAUUUUAAAGUCUGGAUUGUUUUGGCGCGUCUUUAAAGUCCACCUUAAAUUCGUUUUGAACAUUUUUCUGCGCUUCUUGGAUUUUGUAUUAUUUUCAGCACUUAAAUGGCAGCUCUGAGUAUGAUAUCCUCGCACCUGUUCCUGUUGACGUUAAACUGUUUCCUGCAUGGUGCUGCAUCAGUUAAGAUCAUGAAAGGGGGCUCUGAGAGCGCACAGGACAGUAGCUUCCUCCAGCCCUCGUCGGACCCGUUCUCAGAUGACCUGGAUCAGGACAUGGUCUCCCAGCACAUGUCCAAACUGUACGAGAAAUACAACAGGGAAAACCGCCUCAAAGAGGGAAACACUGUCAGGAGUUUCAGAGCAAACCAAGACUCCUCUGACAACAGGACAGUGUUCCGACUAAACCUUACAACCCUCCAGGACUCAGAGGUCAUCCUCUCUGCCACAUUCCACCUCCUGCUCGAUCGGCACCCUCAUCAAAAACCCUGGUUCUGUAAACGCUUCAAAAGCCCAUCCUGUCGUUCCUCAGUCGUCCACCCUUCUCCGUCCAUCAGCCUGCUACUUCGCUCUGUCUCCUCUGGGUCAGAGGUCAGAUCUGGGUCAUUGGGGUCACUUCUAGCCAAUGUGACCUUCCACCCCCACAGGAGAGGGGUGUGGCAGAUGAAAGAUGUGACCCAGGUCAUAAAGGAGGCAUGGGACAAGGGUCAUCUCCUGGUGUCAGUGGAGUUGGACUUCGGGCAACAGCACCAGAGGAAACCAGAGGGGACGCUGUCUGGUGGCAGCCUGCCCUAUCUGCUACUGUAUGCGGAUGACCAAGCCUUGGCAGAGCCCAACAGCGUGGCUGCAAGCCUUCAGAGAUAUGACCCGUUCAGCGAGGGUGGAGAGCCUUCACACUCCUCUCAAAGAUCUAAUGCCUCACCAGAGUCGAAAGGACGUGAGAAAAGGGAAGCAACUCUGCUCUUUGACCCCAUUCAGAACAAUGAGCUGCCUGAGGUUGACUAUAAGCCUGAUGGGUACAGGAAGGAUGACCUCUGGGAGAGCACUUGGUACCUGGCACUCAAACCGAAAUCAGGAAGGAAGGAAAAGAAGAGAAAGAGCCAAGAGGGAGAAGUAGUGGAGCAAAGUAGAGAAGCACAUGAUACAGAAGAACCUCAGGUUCUCAAAGAAGGAGAAAGAGCAUCACAGGGGCUCAAACCUGAUGACUCUACAGAGAAAAAACUCAAAGACAGUCGCAUGUCGACUAACAGCGACGGACAAAAGCAUGAGCGUAGAAAUUAUGGAAAGGAUGGAAAAAAGCACAAGGGGAGCGUUAACUCUCAGUCACCUGUUCUGAGUUUUGAUGAACAAACAAUGCGUAAGGCCAGGAGGAGGCAGUGGGGCAACACCCAGCACAGAGGCUGCUCCAGGAGGAACCUCAGAGUGGAUUUUGCAGACAUUGGCUGGAGCGAAUGGGUCAUAGCACCCAAGGCCUUUGAUGCCUACUACUGCGCUGGAACGUGUGGCUUCCCCAUGCCCAAGGUGGCAAGGCCGUCUAACCACGCCACCAUCCAGAGCAUAGUCCGUGCCGUCGGGAUCAUCCCUGGAGUUCCUGAGCCCUGCUGUGUCCCAGAAAAGAUGAGUCCUCUAGCUGUGCUCUACCAGGAUGAAUCCAGAAACCCAGUGCUCAAGGUUUACCCCAAUAUGUCCGUCCAGUCCUGCUCCUGCAGAUAGGAGGGGGAGGUCAAUGGGUGCAGAGGACAAAACAGGGAUGUGGAGAGAAAGAGAAAACAGGACUAAUGGAAACAGAACCAUACCUCUAUUGGUUAAGUGGUUUCUUGAGAAACAAAGUCACUUUGGCCGUCGUUAUUCCUUGAGGAACUCAGGCUGUAGAGAAAUCACUUCCAUCUCUUCUGUCCUGCGGCAGCAGACUUGAAGAGACACAUUGUCUGGCGUCUGCCUUAGUGAGAGGAACAGAGUCACACAUGUAAAGUCAGGGCUCCACAUGUCUAAGAAGCCCAGUUGUUUUGAUUCCGUGUUUGAGAUAAUACUGAGGAUUUCAUGGACAGGAGCAUUUUUCCUUUUAUCUCAGAAUGUACUUGCUUUUCAAAACAGCUUGCAGUGAGUUUGUGUUCAUGUUUUCUUUGGACACAAAGGCUAUAAAUAAAAGACUGUAUUAAUGUGUCAUUGGGCAGCUUACACAGUCACAUAUAGUUGACAGCGAUUAUGAAACAUAUUUUUCCCUUUUUACAUACUGUGUACAGCUGUUAUUACUUUAAAACAAAUCAUACGCCACAUUGUACAUACAUGCAACGUAAAUUUGUUUGCAAGAAUGGAAGGUUAUUGUACAUUCUUGCUCUGUAUCUUAAAAAGGAAAUAUCCAAUGGAUCGUAGAGGGCAUCUGGAAUUCAUUUGCACCCACCAACCCCCUCAUAACACUUCAAGAAUUUUAUAAUGAAACCAGAAAUAUUUUUAUAUUUUGAAUGUGUGUAAAAAUAAUUUGACAUGGUUACUAGGUUAUGUAUUACUAUAUUUUAGAUGAGAUGGUGUUUUGUACAUGUGUAUUGUUUAAAUUAUGAAAAGGUAGCCUUCUAUAUGUUAGAAUAAAAAAGUAAUUUAAUCCAAUGCUCUUGCUGGAAUAUUAUUGCUUUCAUACACUUUGUGUUAUUCUUGGUCAUUACUGUGUAGUACGUUUGAUUCUUGGGAGGUUGGAGGGGGGGGAGCACUUUUCUGUAAAAACAAACCUAAAAGGGCACUACUGUUCCACAAAAAAACUUUGUACAAAAGCAGGAAGAGUCCACUCAAAGAUAGGCAACAUUCCCCUCAAGCCCCUUGUACACAUUAUUACCCCACACCAAAGGCUCAGACGUCUGUUGUCCAGCAAAUAAUGUGGCUGAUGCAGCUGCCGUGGAUUAAUGGUUGAUGGAGGAAGCAGGCACGCACCUAUUAAGACGGCUGCCACUUGAACUUCAAAACAUGGUGCACCCUUUUCUACUCCUCCAUUCAAAAGCUGAAUAUUUCCAAGAGCCGGAUGUUCUCUUCAACUGCCUGUUUUAAGAACAGAUGGUUACAGACUGAUGAUCUCAACCACUUUAACUCAACUGCUUGUCACUUUUUUUCAUAAGAGGAAGAAGGUGGCCCAUGUGGUGCCUAAACAAUGUGUCAAACUGACAGAGAAAUGACAGAGGGAGCCUUUUGAUUAUUAACUCAUUACUCUGCGGUUGUUCCGCCGUGAGCCUAAAAAAGUUGGCACAGAGUACCACAUCUGUUUGCAGCAAGAGAAUGCUCUGAAGUUCAAGACUGGACAGUAAUGUUGUCUCAAAGACAGAGGCAUUUAGGGGGACACUUGGGGAGGGAAGGAACAAAAGAUUGAGCCCAUAAACUGUUUAUUGCAGUUGAGAAUAAUGCUAUAAAUGUGUUGGCUUGCAAUUAGGCAUUGAGUCACCUGUCAUCAUCUCUCGAAACAAAUGAUGCCACCCCUCAUGUCUGCGAUGCUUUGCCCAUUAGAUAUACAGAGACUAUAAAAAGUGUUGACCCUCUUCGGAAGUUGUUGGGUUUUACGGUCUUAAAGGAAAGAAUCAAAGGCAGUUUACGGUGGCUUGACACAGACCAAUAGAAGACCCUUGAAUGUUGAAGUGAAGUGAAAACAGAUCUCUACGAAUGUGAUGUUGAAUCAACAACAUUUGGAUGAACUAAGUAUAUGACUUCUAGAACCAACUGGCAGCAUCAGACAGUGAUGAUUUAGGUUGUGUUUGUUUUUUUGAAUAUGUUUUGCAAACAUGUAUUUUGUAUUUUAUAUUUGUAAUUGAUUUAGAUCACUUUGUAGAGAUCAGUCUUCAGUUUGACUAAAAAGUGUUUUUCUGUUGAUAAAAACAAAAGCCACGUCACAUUAUGACAUAAUAUCUGAAAACUUCCAAGGGGGGGGGGGG